CACGGGCGGGCGGGAUCCCUCCGCUCUAGGGAGCGCAGCGCUGGACGGUUGAGUUGGGGUGACUGAGGAAAUCCAUCCGCGCCGCCGCCGCCGCCGCCGCUGCCGCCUCCGCCGCGGAGGAAGACAGGACCUCCCGCGCUCCUCCUGCGACCCCUUGGCAGAGUCCCACCGCCACAGGCCUCGGGCCAGCGGCCAGGAGCUGCCUCCCCCGGCCCCCGUCCCGCGGCUCCCCGCCGCCCCCAACCCCGCCCCACGGGCCCGGCGCCAUGAGUGAGCUGGAGCAACUGAGACAGGAGGCCGAGCAGCUCCGGAACCAGAUCCGGGAUGCCCGAAAAGCAUGUGGGGAUUCAACACUGACCCAGAUCACAGCUGGGCUGGACCCAGUAGGGAGAAUCCAGAUGAGGACACGGAGGACCCUCCGUGGGCACCUGGCAAAAAUCUAUGCCAUGCACUGGGGGACAGACUCAAGGCUGCUGGUCAGCGCCUCCCAGGACGGGAAGCUUAUCAUCUGGGACAGCUAUACCACCAAUAAGGUCCAUGCCAUCCCGCUGCGCUCCUCCUGGGUCAUGACCUGUGCCUACGCGCCCUCAGGGAACUUUGUGGCCUGUGGGGGUUUGGACAACAUCUGCUCCAUCUACAGCCUCAAGACUCGAGAGGGCAAUGUCAGGGUCAGCCGGGAGCUGCCUGGCCACACUGGGUACCUGUCAUGCUGCCGUUUCUUGGAUGACAACCAAAUCAUCACCAGCUCUGGGGAUACCACCUGUGCCCUGUGGGACAUUGAGACAGGCCAGCAGACUGUGGGGUUUGCUGGACACAGUGGGGAUGUGAUGUCCUUGUCACUGGCGCCCGAUGGCCGCACCUUUGUGUCGGGUGCCUGUGAUGCCUCCAUCAAGCUGUGGGACGUCCGGGAUUCCAUGUGCCGGCAGACCUUCAUUGGUCAUGAGUCUGACAUCAACGCUGUGGCUUUCUUCCCCAACGGCUACGCCUUCACCACGGGUUCUGACGAUGCCACGUGCCGCCUGUUCGACCUGCGGGCGGACCAGGAGCUGCUCAUGUACUCACACGACAACAUCAUUUGCGGCAUCACCUCCGUUGCCUUCUCACGCAGUGGCCGGCUGCUGCUGGCCGGCUACGACGACUUUAAUUGCAACAUCUGGGAUGCCAUGAAGGGCGACCGCGCAGGUGUCCUCGCUGGCCAUGACAACCGAGUGAGCUGCCUUGGGGUCACUGAUGACGGCAUGGCCGUGGCAACAGGCUCCUGGGACUCCUUCCUCAAGAUCUGGAACUAACUGCCCCAAUCCCAGCUGGGCCCAGGCCGGGAGGGGCCCUGCCCAUGCCCACACUACAGGCCGGGAGCUUUGGGGCCGAGUGUGCACACCGAGCCUCCCUCCCUGGGCCACAGGGCCUUGGGUCCCUGCUCCCCCACCCAGGUUUGGUUCCUCCCGGGGCCCCCACUGUGGAGAUAAAGAUGGGGAUGGAAUGGGGGACAAGGAGGGGUGGAAAACCCUCCCUUUGCUGCCCUGGGGUCAGGGCCUCACCCCUCUGGAGGGCCAGAGGCAGGAGGUGGAAACUCCAGGGGCUGGCUUUUUUAAAACUGGUUUUAUUUUAAUUUUUAUUAUAUUUUCAGUUUUUCCAUAAAGGAACCAAUUCCAACUCUGUA